AUGGCCGACCAAUAUGCUGGACAGUAUGCUGGUGGACAGCAAUACUACCAGCAAGGUCAGGACCCGAGACAGCAGUACAACAACGCCUCUCCAUACCCGCAGCAGCCUCAGAAUCCUGUAGGUGCAACCUACGGUCAACCAGGCAUAGCACCAGCGAAUUCGCAACAGUUCCCAGGUCAAGAUGGAGGAGUUAAUGGUCUUGCGGGCCAGAUGGCGAACAUGGGUGUCGGACAGCCUCAUGCGAGGAGGAAGAAGGAACGGCAUGCCUACCAUGAUAUCAGCUCGUCAGCGAAUGCACCUCCUCCGGCGGCAGCGAACUUUCAGGCCAAUGCUCAAUUCCUACAACCAGGCCAGUCACAGCAGCAGGGACAACCCGGUCCAAGCCCAGGACUUUCAACAGCACCUAUGCUGAACGCCGGAGACAGACUGCGCAUGGGAGAAGAAGCAGUGACCACACAAGGCAAAGUUGAUCCAGAGCAGCUUCCGAGUGUGGCAAGAUCAAGAGACCUCCAGACACUACAGUAUCAGAAGGAGGUAUACCCUACAAUGGAGAAGCACUUACCUCCUGCUGCCGCUACACCUUUCGUCGCCUACGAUCAGGGCAACUCCGCUCCUAAAUUCGCCCGAUUGACCGUCAAUAAUAUUCCUGCAUCAGCAGAAGCCAUGAACUCAACGGCUCUACCAUUAGGCCUAAUAUUACAGCCGCUGGCUCCUCUGCAGGAGGGCGAACACCCGAUACCUGUGCUCGACUUCGGCGAGGCUGGACCUCCAAGAUGUCGAAGGUGUAGAACAUAUAUAAAUCCUUUUAUGACUUUCAAAUCUGGUGGAAACAAGCUGGUCUGCAACAUGUGUAGCUUCGCGAACGAUGUACCGCCGGAAUAUUAUGCGCCAACGGAUGUCUCUGGUAUUCGGGUCGACAGAAUGCAGCGGCCCGAGCUCAUGCUUGGAACGGUCGAAUUUACAGUACCUAAGGAGUACUGGUCUAAAGAACCUGUUGGACUUCGAUACUUGUUCUUGAUUGACACAUCACAGGAAGCUAUCAAUCGCGGUCUACUGGCUGCUACCUGCCAAGGCAUACUAAAUGCGUUAUACGGUCCAGACCCCGACGAGGAGGAAGAAGAAGAAGAGUCGGACGAGCCGCGACCAACUCGAAUACCUGUCGGCUCCAAGGUUGGUAUCGUCACUUUUGACAAGGACAUACACUUCUACAAUCUAAGCCCAGGCUUGACCACCGCUCAGAUGAUGGUGAUGCCGGAUCUGGAAGAUCCUUUUGUCGCUCUGGCAACUGGUUUGUUCGUUGAUCCCAUAGAGUCAAAGUCAGUCAUUGUGUCUAUACUGAGAGCACUUCCGAACAUGUUUACACUCAUCAGAAAUCCGGAACCAGCAUUGCUACCAGCACUCAAUGCUGCUUUGGCCGCACUGACCGCUACCGGUGGAAAGAUCAUAUGUUCGUUAUCCUCCUUACCUACCUGGGGUCCUGGGCGACUUCAUCUCCGAGACGAUGGAAAGGGUAGAGAUACUGAUCAUGAAAAGAAAUUGUUCACGACCGAGCACCCUGGCUUCAAAAAGACUGCUAGUGCUAUGGUAACGGCUGGAAUUGGUGUCGACUUUUUCAUCGCUGCUCCAGGUGGUGGCUACAUGGAUAUCGCUACGAUAGGACACCUUGCUAGGCUAACUGGAGGUGAGAUCUUCUUCUAUCCAAAUUUCAUGGCGCCACGAGAUUCCUUCAAGUACACAUCCGAACUAGAGCAUGCUAUAACGCGAGAAAUCGGCUUUCAAGCAUUAAUGAAAGUACGUUGCUCAAAUGGCCUCCAAGUUGCCGCUUACCACGGUGGCUUCCUACAACAUUCUUUUGGUGCUGAUCUGGAGAUUGGUUCUAUUGACGCAGACAAGGCUCUAGCCGUAAUAUUCUCCUACGACGGCAAGCUCGAUUCGAAACUAGACGCACAUUUCCAGACCGCGCUACUGUACACAUCAGCCUCAGGUCAGCGGAGAGUACGUUGCAUCAACAUUGUUGCUGGUGUCAACGACAGCGCAACGGACACAAUGCAAACAGUGGACCAGGACGCCGUUGUCAGCAUACUGGCGAAAGAAGCUGCGUCGAAAAUAUCGGAGAAGUCCUUGAAAGACAUUCGAGCCAAUCUUACAGAGAAGACCAUUGACAUUCUUGCUGCGUACAGGAAAAACUUCUCAGGUUCGCAUCCACCAGGUCAACUCGUACUGCCAGAGCAUCUGAAGGAGUUCUCUAUGUACAUGCUCGGCUUGAUCAAGUCUCGAGCCUUCAAGGGUGGUAUGGAGCCAACUGAUCGUCGUGUUCACUCUGCUCGUCUUCUUCGUUCAGCAGGCGUGAACGAAACGAGUCUUUACCUCUAUCCUCGAAUCUACCCAAUCCACAACCUGAAUCCCGAAGAUUGCUUCGCCGACGCCACUACUGGCCAACUAGUCGUACCACAAACUCUCCGCGCCAGCUAUGCUCGCAUCGAAGAGGGUGGCGCCUACCUUGUUGAUAACGGUCAAUUCGUCCUUCUUUGGCUGCAUGCUCAAGUCUCUCCGAAUCUCCUAGAAGACCUAUUUGGCCCUGGCUUUGACAGUCUGCAAGCUUUUGAUCCACAAAUCAACCAAAUUCCGGUUCUGGAAACUCAUCUUAAUGCUCAGGUACGGAAUCUCCUCGCAUACGUGUCUACCCCCUCCUGCCGAGGCUCAAAAUCCGGUCUCUCAAUUCAACUUGCACGUCAAGGCCUCGAUGGAAGCGAAUUUGAAUUCGCCAGACUGCUCGUCGAAGACCGCAACAACGAGGCCCAAAGCUACGUCGACUGGCUCGUCCACGUUCACAGAGCGAUACAAAUGGAACUCAGCGGCCAACGAAAGAAAGAGGUGGCAGCAGCAGAAGGUGAAAGCGUAGUACAGCAGCUCACAGGCCUGCGAGCACCCUACUGGAACUAG